AGAGACAACGAGGGGGCGAAGUUGCAAAAGCUCCCCGCCCCCAGCACUAUAUAACCGGGGAGGGGAGGAGAGGAGAGGGGAGUGGAGACGGACCAAAGCUCAUCGCCGUUGCGUUAAUCCUUGGCACUUCACUCCACUCCACAAAUUCCGAUUGCUCGGAGCUGUCGCUCUAGAUUUCUCGAGCCUCUGGGUUGCCGAUUCGAAGGUUGAGGGGCGGAGAUGACGGUGGGGGCAGGAAUCGCGGUCCAAGACGGGACCUUGGUGGCGCUGGGGGCCAGGGUCCUGACGGAGGUCAGCGGCAAUGUGCUCGUCACGCCGGCCGCCGGGGGAGGCCUGACGAACGGCGCCUUCCUUGGCGUCCGGUUGGCCCCCGCCGGCAGCAGCAGCGUCUUCCCCGUCGGGAAGCUCCGAGACCUGCGGUUCAUGUGCACGUUCCGGUUCAAGAUGUGGUGGAUGACGCAGAGGAUGGGCUCAUUGGGCCGUGACAUCCCCUUUGAGACACAGUUCUUGAUUGUCGAGAGCACCGAUGGAUCGCAAUUCACUGGCGAUGGUACCGAUCAAUCUGCGGUUUACACUGUCUUCCUUCCGAUAUUGGAGGGCUCAUUCCGUGCUGUCCUUCAGGGAAACGCUGAUGAUGAACUGGAGAUUUGCUUGGAGAGUGGAGAUCCAGCUGUGGAAUCCUUCGAAGGCACCCAUCUGGUUUUUGUUGGUGCCGGAUCGGAUCCGUUUGAGGUCAUCACAAAUUCAGUAAAAGCUGUUGAGAGGCACUUGCAGACAUUCUCUCAUAGGGAAAAGAAGAAGAUUCCAGACAUGCUAAACUGGUUUGGCUGGUGCACAUGGGAUGCGUUUUACACCAAUGUUACCGCGGGAGGAGUGAAGGAAGGAUUACAGAGUUUUGAAAAAGGUGGAAUUGCUCCUAAAUUUAUCAUAAUUGAUGAUGGAUGGCAAUCAGUCAGCAUGGACCCUGCUGGAACUGCGUGCUUAACUGAUAAUUCAGCCAACUUUGCAAACAGGUUGACUCAUAUUAAAGAGAACCACAAGUUUCAGAAAAAUGGGAAGGAGGGUCACAGGGAAGAUGAUCCAGCAAAAGGCCUCGCGCAUGUAGUCAAUGAAAUUAAAGGGAAACAUGAGCUGAAGUAUGUAUAUGUAUGGCAUGCCAUUACUGGAUACUGGGGUGGAGUCAGGCCAGGUGUUGAUGGAAUGGAGCACUACGAAUCGAAGAUGCAGUACCCUGUGUCAUCUCCGGGAGUUCAGAAAAACGAGCCCUGUGAUGCUUUGAACAGCAUAACGACUAAUGGCCUUGCCCUUGUGAACCCUGAGAAAGUAUUCAGUUUCUACAAUGAGCUCCAUUCUUACCUUGCAUCUGCCGGGAUCGAUGGAGUCAAAGUAGACGUGCAGAACAUCCUCGAGACACUAGGUGCUGGCCAUGGGGGAAGAGUACUGCUGGCUAGGAGGUAUCAUCAAGCCCUGGAAGCUUCCAUCGCUAGGAACUUCCCCGACAACGGCAUAAUAUCAUGCAUGAGCCACAACACAGACAACUUGUACAGUUCAAAAAGGAGUGCAGUUGUGAGAGCCUCGGAUGAUUUCUGGCCCAGAGACCCGGCUUCCCAUACUAUACACAUCGCAUCUGUCGCGUAUAACACUGUCUUUCUUGGAGAAUUCAUGCAGCCAGAUUGGGACAUGUUCCAUAGUGUUCACCCGAUGGCUGAAUACCACGCCGCAGCCCGAGCGGUCGGUGGUUGCGCCAUAUACGUUAGUGACAAGCCUGGAAACCACGACUUCAAUUUGCUGAAGAAGCUUGUGCUUCCUGACGGAUCGAUCCUGCGCGCCACACUCCCCGGGAGACCAACCAGGGACUGCCUGUUUUCUGAUCCUGCUAGGGACGGCAAAAGCAUUCUCAAGAUAUGGAAUCUGAAUGAACACUCCGGUGUUAUUGGCGCCUUCAACUGCCAAGGUGCUGGUUGGUGCCGAGUAGGGAAGAAGAAUCUCAUCCAUGAUAAGCAGCCCGGGACAGUGACUGGUGUCAUCCGGGCACAGGAUGUGGACUACCUUGCAAAGGUUGCUGACCACAACUGGAACGGCGACGUGAUUGUGUAUUCGCACAUAGGAGGGGAGGUGGUCUACCUACCAAAGAACGCUUCCUUGCCCGUGACACUGAGAUCGCGCGAGUACGAGGUGUUCACCGUCGUCCCUGUGAAACACCUGCCGAGCGGCGCCUCCUUCGCGCCGAUCGGCCUGAUCGGAAUGUUCAACUCCGGCGGCGCGGUGAGGGAGGUGAGGUACGGUGAGGACGACGCCGACGUCGAGCUCAAAGUGCGCGGCUCGGGAACCGUUGGAGCUUACUCCUCAACGAGACCGAAGAGCAUUGCUGUCGAUUCAGGGGCAGUUGAGUUCUCAUACGACGAUUCAUGCGGCCUGGUUACUUUUGAGCUCGGCCUGCCGAAACAGGAACUCUACUUGUGGACUGUUUCGGUAGAGUACUGAGAUCGAUGCAAUGACAAGUUCGGAAAGUCAAAAUCCAAAAUUAGAUAAUAUAUAUGAGUGUAUUUAUCAAAAUAAAUAAUAUAUAGUCGUAUUUAUGAAUUAGCAUCCGUAUUCGGCAUAUGGUGUACCGAAAAUUCAUUUUCAGUAUACGGUGUAUCGAAAAAGUCAUUUUCGGCACACAGCGUGCCGAAUACGGCACUGUUGCCCGUAUUCGGCACAUCGUGUGUUGAAAAUGCCUAUUUUCUGACAAAAUUAUUAUUUUUACACGUGUUGUUAUUUUA